AGCAAAACAGAUUGGGCCCAAUCCAGAUCUCAAAUCUUAAUGAAAUUUCCAGCCCAAUUUGCUCAAUUUGGCCUACUGCCUUUUUCUGUUUUUGGCAAGUUAUGUUAUGGACUCCCUGACUGUAUAAAGAGUGAUGAACUCUCUGAGAGCACAUCUGAUCUUGAUUCUUGACCAAUAAACGACCCAAAGAGGUAAAAAACGAGGAAGAAGAAAGGGAAAGGUUGAAGCCUUGCCUUCUUUUUACCCUCCCAGAAAUACCGUGUUGGUUUUCCCCUAGAAUGCACCAUGCAGCGACUUAGAGGCGCAGGGACAGUAAUUUCGCGCUCUCUACCCGUGACCCAGUUAAGGAAGAAAGCUUUCAGAUCAUGGGCAGCUGUUCAGGACACUUAUUUUUCAACCAAGGAUAUAUUUGAAACGCAUAAGGUUGUAUUUACAGUUGGAACUUCCAUAGCUUCAGUCGCCACAGCAUGGUUUGGAUAUACUAUACGUCAUGUACAUGAAUCAAGAGUUGAUCAAAGGCUCGAAUCAAUCGAAAAAGCUAUGAAAAACAAUCAUAAUCUGGAACAUUCGGAAAUUAGAAACAUUGUUAAUUCUGGAAGUAUUGGUAUUCCUUCAUGCAUAGCCACUGCCGGAACCACUUUGGUUGUCGGUUAUGCUUUGGGUUGGCGAGGUGGAAGGUGGUAUGCAAAUAGGAAGUUCAGAAGGGAGCAGAUGAAAUUGCUAGGGCAAAUUAAACCUAAAAGGUGGCAAUUGCUCAGGAGGGUAACAACACAAGAUGGCUAUAUACUCAGUAUGCAGAGAAUUCCAGUUAGAAAGUCAGGGGAGGCAUCCGGAAACCGGAUACCAGUACUUCUACAACACGGGCUGCUGAUGGAUGGGAUAACAUGGCUGCUACUACCUCCUGACCAAUCUUUGGCAUUCCUCUUGGCUGAUAAUGGGUAUGAGGUCUGGCUUGGCAACACUCGUGGCACCAAAUAUAGCCUCGGCCAUACAUCACUCAGUCCCGAUGAUCCGGCUUAUUGGGAAUGGUCAUGGGAUGAAUUGGUCGCUUAUGAUCUUCCAGCUACAUUCCAGUAUGUGCAUGAUCAAACAGGACAGAAAAUUCACUAUGUUGGACAUUCACUGGGAACUUUGGUAGCUCUAGGUGCUUUUUGCAAAGACCAGCAACUGAAUAGAUUGAGAUCAGCUGUCUUACUUAGCCCGAUUGCUUAUGUUGGUCAGAUACCUUCACCUCUUGCAAGAACUGCUGCUGAAAACUUUAUUGCUGAGGCAUUAUACAAGGCAGACAUCAGAGAGUUCAAUCCGAAAGGGAAGGCACUAGUCGAAGUUCUUAAGGCUGUCUGCAGUAAACCAGGUGUUGACUGCACCCAGUUGUUGACCGCUUUCACAGGCAAGAAUUGCUGCUUAAACUCUUCCAUAGUAGAUGUGUUUCUGGACCAUGAGCCUCAGUCAACCUCAACAAAAAACAUGGUCCAUAUAUCUCAGAUGAUAAGAGAUGGAACAGUUGCAAUGUUUGACUAUAAUAACAAGAAUGAGAACAUGCAACACUAUGGGCAGCCCAAUCCUCCAGUGUACAGCAUGACAAGCAUCCCAAAUGACCUUCCUCUCUUCCUCAGUUAUGGAGGGGCAGAUGCUCUUUCUGAUGUCAAAGAUGUGAAGCUGUUGCUGGCCAGCCUCAAAGAUCAUGAUGGAGAUAAGCUUGUGGUUCAGUACAGAGAUGAUUAUGCUCAUGCAGAUUUUGUCAUGGGUCAAACUGCUAAGCAAGAUGUGUAUGAUCCUCUCAUGGCCUUCUUAAAACUUCAAUGAGAAUAUUUACUCGUCAAAAAGUAAUGCCAAUAAUCUUCUCUUCUUCUCCCUCAUCAUAGAGUUGUAUUUUGCUCAUACUGUAUACUUUUUCCUUCUUUACUAGCAAAAGUCAUAGAAAAUGUCAGGAUAGAUUCUA